CAUGUCUUGCAGUCUACGGUGGAAUGGCUGAUGGGAAGCCCGGCAGGGUUUCAGAUGAACAAGAACCUCGCCAAAUUCGUCGGCACUAUUUCCCUGACCGUAGUAAACUACUGGAACCUGCUCAUGAAUUGGCGUUCAUCAUCGACCUUCUCUCCAUUGUGUUCUUCCAUAUCUUUUUUGUCUACGUGGGAGUCACUCGAUUGUGGAACACCAACACCUCCAAUCUUUACACACUCUUUCUCCUAUUUCGAGGAAAGAAGUAUAACGUCCUUCGCGAACGCGUUGAUGCUCAUCCGUUCGAUCUUGAGCAGCUACUUCUCGGAGCAGUUUUCUUAGCCCUUUUCGUUUUCCUACUGCCAACAGUGUUCGUCUUCUAUGUGUGUUUCAUGCUCCUUUGGCUCGCGGUACUGUUAAUCCAGUUGGGGCUUUGGACGGUUAUCAUGUUCUUCAAUAGAUUCCCGUUGUAUGCACUCGUUCUGUCUGUAACCGACAUCUACUCACUACCCUCGGGAGUGACAGUCAACUUAAUGCCAUUACAGAGCUCUG